AGCUCUUCUCAAUAUCUACCCCAAAUCUAAUAUUUCAGUUGAUCUCAAUGUCUUAUGACCAGACUCUUCAUAUUUACAGUUUCUACAGGUUGAAAGGUGUGUUGUCAUGUUAAGAACAAUAAAAUCUUUGCACCAAUCCCCUUCAUUGAAAAGAUGCACAGUUUUCUGUACUGGAAGGCUCAUGAAAGGGGCCUGAGGGCUUUUCUUCUGUCCUGAAAAAUUGUAAGCCUUAAAUUGCUUAAAAGUCCACCCCCCACCACAAUUCUCCUACCCCGGUCAAAACCAGGAACAAGAGCAGUUCAAAAGACAGAAUUUCGGCCACAACCAGUCUUCAAGAAUUCGGUCAAAUCUGCGAUCGAUUACGACAAACUAUGGACGGCAAUCAAUGGAUCCAGGUUUGGUCAGUCUAAAAAGGGACCCUAGCUAGGGUUGUACAGUUGUAAUUCUUUAUACUGUCGGAUUGUCCUUAUCUCAUCCAUGGAUUUCGAUGAUUCUGGAAAGAUCCAUAAAUUGACAUCAUAUUUUCACGUACUUGUAGUCUUUUGAGGCUUCGUUUUGAUAUUUUCUUGCUUAAAGUCGUUGUUUCUUCACGAGCUGUGCCUUCCAGUCCAUCCGCCAUUAUUGAUAACAACCAGUCUCUCACGGUAAGUUGGGGAAACCCGCUGAUGACAGCUUGCGCCUAAAUCCAACAUGGCGGACGGAACAGCUGAAGAAGAUUCAGGGGAACUUCCAGCGUCCAAGCUCGGAACAAAGGAGUACUGGGAUGAUGCAUACUCACAAGAACUGGUUAACUUCAAUGACACUGGUGAUGUUGGAGAAGUCUGGUUUGGAGAAAGUAGCCUUUACCGAAUAGUUAAAUGGAUAAAAAGUUGUGAAAAGAUAACAAAAUCAUCAUCAUUCUUAGAUGUAGGAUGUGGAAAUGGCAUACUUCUUGUGAACCUGGCAGAACAUGGUUACACAAACCUUGUUGGAGUGGAUUAUUCAGAGGGUGCUAUACAAUUAGCCUCAUCCAUUGCAGAAAAUAAACAAGUGAACAUUAAAUAUCAGGUCUGUGACAUGUUGAGUGCUACAGAGAGCAUGACCCUGUGCCCUGAAGGGAAGUUUGAUGUUUGCCUUGAUAAGGGUUCUUAUGAUGCGAUCAGUCUUAAUCCAGAAGAUGUUGAGGGCUGCAGAGCAAAGUACAUUACCAAUGUGUGUAGUUUACUGGCAUCUGAUGGCCUCUUUAUCUUAUGCUCCUGUAACUGGACAAAGGCUGAGCUCCUUUCUCAGUUCAAAGAUAAAUUUGAUUUUCUAGACGAUCUUCCUGCCCCUUCCUUCUCAUUUGGCGGUCAGUCAGGAAACACGGUCACAACUUUAGUCUUAAGAGCGAGAAGCACGUAACGACAAGCGACAGAGAUCGCGAUCAUUCGCGACCAAUUCAAGAACAUUCUCCGAAGACGUUGCAAUACCUCAUGUCUGUUGUCAGCAGUACAGACUUCAUUACGAAAGACACUUAUAAAGUUGUUGGUCUGUUGGGGUGGUGAUCUGGUGGCUAAAGCGAUACACCCUUGUGACCCAAGGUCGUUUCCAGGACUCGAGUGUUCUUAAAGGGAACUAGCAACUACUCCUUACUAACUGCAAAGAGUAGCUUUAUCGGUGACAAGAAAUAUGUUGCCUUCAUCCUUAAAAAGAAUUUGGCAAAUGAAGGCAUUAUCAACAGUUAAGCCUGGCAAAGAAAAUAAAAUAUUUAUGAGGACCUACUUGAAAUAUUAUUUGCAUCAUUUUCAGAGAAAUUAGAAAAAAUCAUUGCACUUAAUGUGCGCGCAUGAUGACGAAGAUUGGGAGACAUAAAGCCCGCA